GGCGUGGCUUACGGAGGACGCUCUGAACGCCGUGAGCCUGCGCGCGUGCUCUGCGGCGUCUGAACCCGGUCCGAGGAGCCAGCGCUUAGCUUUCCUCGUCUUUUCUGCUCGAAAUGGCAUCGGCGGAGGAUGUCGGCGCGAAGAGGCAAAUGUUUUAUGAAAUCGAGUGCGUCAUAGACGAUUGCGAUACCGAGGUUGGAUACAAACCCCUGUCAGACAGCGACGAGCUCGACGACUCGGCGGAGGAGGAGGAACCGCGGGAAGAAGAUGUUGACUCUUCUGAAGAAUGGGAGCCUCUCAGGCGCUCCAAGCUAAAGAGGAACUCAUCCUCGCCUUCGUCGUCCUUCCCGCGCCGGAGAGGACGGCCACCGAAAAAUGCUCUGAAACCCUCUCCAGCAGCACCAGCGAUGGCGCCGAAAAGCACCCCGGCCAUCUCCUUACCUCGGCGGAGAGGCAGACCACCGAAAGACAAGUCUAAAGCCAAACUCUUCUCCAAACCCAGCCUGUAUCCCGCGAUAGUGCCUAAACCCCCGCCUUACGCCACGCUGAUCCCCAAUUCCUCCAUUAAAUUCGGCCCUCAUUCCGCAUCCACCUUCACGCUAAGCUCUAAUUUCACUCCUAUAACGCUUAGCAAUGCCUCGUCCUCCUCCUCGUCGGCCUCCUCCAUUAAACUGAACCCUAGUUCGGCACCCAUACUCAUCUCUAAUCCCGCUUCCGCUUUUAAACUCAGCCCCAAUUCCACGGCGGCCUCCCAUCAAGCGCCGAUAGCCACGCUCAUCUGUACCCCGACGUCAACGGGGCUUCUGUUGGACGCCAACACCAACGAGAUCAGGCCGGUGAAGGAAGAGGAGCCAUGGGAUGACAAUGUGGAAGCUGUUGAAGAAUGGCCUGUUACAAAGAAAGACAGCCUAAAGCCUCCAGAAUCACCAAGUGCAAAAAGGCAGCGGCUUUCACGCAGGACUCCUCGAUCCAAAACACCUCCACGGACAGAAAAAAGACCCUUGAAGCACUGCUCCAAAACUAGCCCUAGUCCUCCGCCUGAACUUGCCCCCAUAGCCACUUCUGAUCCUGUGCUCAUCUCUCAGCCCGUUUUCUCAGCCGUCGAUGAACAGUUGACCGCCGUAAACAGCUCCGAUCCAAAUCCCGCACCCGCCAGGCCUCGGGCCCACGGCGGCCUCGAUGGAGACCGCGACGAGAUCAGUGAUUCUAGGAGGGAAGACCAACUGUGGGAAGAAGAUCUCGAUUCUGGCAACGAUUGGAACCCUCUCGUGGAAAGUCCAAAUCGUUCAAAAUCUCCUGCAUCAGCUCAGUCUCCAAGAAUAGGCAACCCCUCUACGCCCACAUCAUCAGGACCAAUAGACAAACUCUCUAUAUCCACGCCUGAACCUACUUCUAAAGCCACGCCCACACCCACCACUUAUCCCGCCCCUGAAGCCACGCCCGUGACCCCUCCAGCACUUCCUCCACCAUCCCCAUUACCACGAAAGAGAGGCCGGCCUCGAAAGCAUGCUUUAAAACCCAACUUCAUACUUAAACCGACCCCAGAUACUCCUCCUGCAACCCUCCCAAAUUCAUUACCAGCUCCCGAAUGCACUCCCGUAAUCAUUUCCGAUCCCAUUGAUCACAUUCCGGCAUCAAGUUUGGAUCCCGCUCCCAAUCCCGAGCCUGUUUCCACAUUUGAAGCCAUUCCGCAACCCGUUUUGCCCGAAGAGAAACCAAAGCUGGCCGCAACUCCUUAUUCACGAAGACAAACCAGAUGCAGGUCAUCUUCUGCCUUGGAUUCACCUUGUAGGAAAGCUGACAGCAAGCCAGAUAAGUGGCUUGACAUCACCAAUGAGGACGAGGAGCCGGUACUACCGAAUUUCUCUCCCAUGCGAACUCCAGGUCCGCAGCUCACGACGGACGCAACUUACACACCCUUACAAUUGUUUCAGCUCUUUUUCACCAACUCUGCAGUCAAGACAAUUGUCCGAAACACCAACAGCAAUGCAGAGAAGAGAGUGAAAGCUGGAAAGAAGUUUCUCUGGGCACCUCUAACCGUAUCGGAGUUCUACUCGUAUGUGGCGUUAGUUGUCUACAUGGGACUAGUUAAGACGAAGUCGAUUGCAGACUACUGGGCGAGAAAGCGAAUGUACAAUUUCUCGUAUCCGCAAUCCAUCAUGUCCCAAGCAAGAUUUCAAGCCAUCUCCUGGAAUCUUCAGCUCUGUGAUCCUCAAGAGGAUGAGGAGAACAAUAAGAAGAAAGGCACUACGGCUUAUGACCGGCUACUCAAAAUCAAGCCUCUGUAUACAGAUGUUCUUUCGGCGUGUAAGAAACACUUUCAUCCCAACAGAGAGAUUCUGGUAGACGAGAGAAUGGUUGCAUCCAAAGAUAGAAUUAGAAUCAAGAGAUAUAUGAAUGACAAACCAACUAAAUGGGGCUACAAGCUCUUUGUUCUUGCCGAUUCAUCCUGCGGGUACACCUGGAAUUUCUUUGUGUACGAAGGAAAGACUUUGAUGUCAUCUGGGAAAGGCGCCGGGUACGAUUCGGUAAUGAGACUCCUGGAUCACAAGGUCCUCGGCGAGGGCUAUACGUUAUACAUGGACAGUUUCUACACCAGCCCGACUCUUGUCUUGGAUUUGUUGCAGAACCGAAUCCUCGCCUGUGGCACGUUGCGUCACGCCUCCAGUUUACCGAAGGUCAACGAUCUGAGCGGAAGAUCAGAAUUAGGAUCCAUCCGUUGGUGUCGGGAAGGCCCUCUUCUGUUCGUCAAAUGGAUGGAUGCAAGAGAAGUCCUCAUGUGUUCCUCGAUUCACAAGGCGUUUACCGGAGAUACGGUUGCCAGGAACGCUAAGGGUUCCGAUGGGGUUUGGAGAACACGUCUGAUUCCAGUUCCGUCCGCCGUAAAGGACUACAGCAAAAACAUGGGAAACGUCAACCUCUCGGAUUCCCUCAUAGAGUAUUAUAACAUCCUUCACAAAAGCACAAAAUGGUACAAAACUUUCUUCUUUCAUUUCCUUGACAUCGCAGUGGUCAACGGUUUCAUCCUUCACCAAGAAUUGGCCAAAGCUCAGAACAAGGUUCCUCUCAGCCAUAAAGUCUUUAGGGAAACUCUUGUUUCUGAACUUGCACGUGCCGGCCGAAGUAAGAAUCCCUCUGCUGCCAAAGAUCCCUCAACAUCCGACACGCUGGUCUCCACUACAAAUGUGGCACACGUGCCUUCGACCCCUACUGAAACUAUUGACACUCCGUCCGACACGGAGUCGUCUCCCCCAGCCUCGCCUGCCCAGACGGACCGAUGCUAUCCGGAGUACUUCGGUUCAGAUGCUACGCAUGGGAGGCGAGUUUGUGUGAUGUGCAAACUGCAAGGAAACAAAGUCAAGACUCCUAUAUACUGCUCCCACUGCAAGGUGGCGCUGUGCUUCGUGUCGUCUCGUAACUGCUUCAAGAAAUGGCACAUGGAUUAUCACCUGGAAGAUUUGUAGAUAAUGUUGCAUGUUUGGGUUUUAUUUCAUUUUGUAUAAACUUCUUAUUUGUAUAGUUAUGACUCUAUUAAAUACAACCACAACUGA